AUGGAGCAGUGGAAAAAAACUAACGGUGAUGAUGAAGUGGCCAAUCUGGGCCAUAGCUGGAGAGAAGUUAAUCAGAGGGUGCUAAAGGAUGCACCUUGUUCGGUGGCAUUGCUUGUGGACCGUGGAUUUGGUGGUGGGUUCCANGCCAAUCUGGGCCAUAGCUGGAGAGAAGUUAAUCAGAGGGUGCUAAAGGAUGCACCUUGCUCGGUGGCAUUGCUUGUGGACCGUGGAUUUGGUGGUGGGUUCCAACAAACUCCAAGGCCCACUGCCAUCGUAGCACAGAGGGUCCUUAAUGACGAAGUGUUUGUAAUAUUAGUCCUCAUGGCACUCUUCACCACCUUCAAGACAACUCCAACAGUGCUGGCUAUCUACAAACCAGCUCGCCACGACAUCUCCUGA